AUGCCAGGGCCCAAGGAAGCAAAGACAAGUGAGAUCAAUCACUACCUCUAUCCCCUUGUCAUGGAACACAACCAGUUGUAUGGUGGUGUAGUGAUGCCUACCAUACAGUGCUCAUCUGGUGCUCUUGUCCGUGCUGCCCUUCUUCUUGUUGCCUGCAACAUCCCUGCUGCCCAUAAGACUUGUGGGUUCAUCUCUCAUUCAAGCACUUGUGCAUGCAAUAAGUGCAACCAACAGUUCCCUCGCCUUCCAGACUCCAAUGCUGUGGACUACUCUGGGUUUGUGUUUUCUGAGUGGGUGUCUCGCACUGAUGCUGAAAACCGCUGUGAUGCCAAGUUGUGGAGAAUGGCCAGCAGUGAUGCACAGAGAAAGAGAUUGGAGAGGGAAAAUGGUGUCCGAUGGUCAGAAUUGCAUGAUCUAGUUUACUUUAACCUCAUGGAGUGCACUGUCAUCAAUCCGAUGCACAACCUGUACCUUGGAACAGCAAAGAGGAUAAUAGAGAAAUGGAGAUCUUCAGGUCUCAUCACAGAUGCACACUUGGCCAAAAUGCAGUUGGAUGCUGACAAGCUUGUAUUGCCAGAGGACUACAUGCCAUUAGAGACAAAGAUCGGGCGUGGCUUCCCAUUCAUGAAGGCUGACAAGUGA